CGACCUCGCCCGCCCGCCCGCCGCGCUCGCCCCCGCCAUGCCGAACAUUGUGCUGUUCAGCGGCAGCUCCCACCACGACCUGUCCCAGCGGGUGGCGGACCGGCUCGGGCUGGAGCUGGGCAAGGUGGUCACCAAGAAGUUCAGCAACCAGGAGACCAGUGUAGAGAUUGGUGAAAGUGUGAGAGGGGAAGAUGUGUAUAUUAUCCAGAGUGGCUGUGGAGAAAUAAAUGACAACUUAAUGGAACUGCUCAUCAUGAUCAAUGCUUGCAAGAUUGCAUCAUCCUCCAGAGUGACUGCUGUAAUUCCAUGUUUUCCAUAUGCCAGGCAAGAUAAGAAAGACAAGAAGGGGUCCGUGGAGCGUUGGAGCCGUGCACCAAUCUCUGCAAAACUUGUUGCCAACAUGCUGUCAGUUGCAGGGGCUGACCACAUCAUCACCAUGGACUUGCAUGCUUCUCAGAUCCAGGGUUUCUUUGACAUUCCAGUAGAUAACCUGUAUGCAGAACCUGCAGUCCUGCAGUGGAUUAAAGAGAACAUUCCAGAGUGGAGAAACUGUAUCAUAGUCUCACCUGAUGCAGGUGGUGCAAAAAGGGUUACUUCAAUUGCUGACAGACUGAAUGUGGAAUUUGCUCUCAUUCAUAAGGAAAGAAAGAAGGCAAAUGAAGUGGACAGAAUGGUCUUGGUUGGUGAUGUGAAAGACAGAGUAGCAAUUCUUGUCGAUGAUAUGGCUGACACGUGUGGCACAAUAUGUCAUGCAGCAGACAAGUUAAUGUCUGCUGGAGCUACUAAAGUUUAUGCCAUUCUGACUCAUGGCAUCUUUUCUGGUCCUGCCCUCUCUCGGAUUAAUAAUGCAUCAUUUGAGGCUGUUGUGGUAACCAACACAAUCCCCCAAGAGGAGAAAAUGAAACAUUGCCCAAAAAUACAGUUUAUUGACAUUUCCAUGAUUCUGGCAGAGGCAAUUCGAAGAACACACAAUGGUGAAUCAGUGUCUUACCUGUUCAGUCACGUCCCCUUGUAACUGCAGGGGAUUACACUGCAUCUUUGCAAAGGUCUCUUAAGCUAGCACUGUUUUUAACUAUGCACAUCAACCAUGAGAAAUUAUUAUCUUUGUACAAUUCGAGAGCUUGUAUGUUUAAUUAUCAUAUUUGUCUUGUAAUUACCAUUUGUUCUUUGUAAAUGGGCAAUAAAUCUCCAUCUUGCAGAAA